GGAAGGAAGGAUGGCAGCUCGGCGUGCGCUGAAAGCUGUCUUGGUGGAUCUCAGCGGCACACUUCACGUUGAAGACUCGGCUGUGCCAGGCGCGCAGGAAGCUCUUAAAAGGCUGCGCAGUGCUCCAGUUACCAUUCGAUUUGUGACAAACACAACGAAGGAGUGCAAGAGAGACCUGCUGGAGAGGCUGAUGAAACUGGGGUUUGACAUUGCAGAAAAUGAGAUCUUCACGUCUCUGACCGCAGCCAGAAAUCUUUUGGAGCAAAAGCAGGUGCGGCCUCUCCUCCUGGUGGACGAUAAGGCCCUGCCUGAUUUCACAGGGAUAGCCACCGAUGACCCCAAUGCAGUGGUGGUAGGACUGGCUCCUGAGCACUUUCACUAUGAGAUGAUGAACAGAGCGUUUCGGUUGAUUUUGGAUGGUGCUCCUCUUAUAGCUAUACAUAAAGCCAGAUAUUUCAAGAAAAAAGAUGGCUUGGCUCUGGGACCUGGACCUUUUGUAGCUGGGCUGGAAUAUGCGACGGACACCAAAGCGAUGGUGGUGGGGAAGCCAGAGAAGACCUUCUUCCUAGAAGCUCUGCGGGGGACUGACUGUGCCCCAGAGGAGGCCGUCAUGAUUGGUGAUGACUGCAGGGAUGAUGUUGGUGGUGCCCAGAAUGCAGGCAUGCGUGGGAUUUUGGUGAGGACUGGUAAAUACCGACCGGCAGACGAAGACAAAAUCAAUCCAGCUCCUUACUUAACCUGUGAGAAUUUCCCAGAGGCAGUGGAACAUAUCCUAGGGCGUCUGCUAUGAGCAAGGGAACAGUUGGUUCGAAGAGACAUCUGUUUCACAUCACUUCCUUUUACUCUUGCUUCAAAA